AUGAACCCACACAUCUCGCUCCCCCGCCCAACCGGCGGCCCCUCCAACUUUGGCUCCACGACCCCUUCCUCGCGCCGCAAUGAAAUCAAAAUGCCCCGCUUCUUCAAGCGCCUGUUCAAGUUCCCGCAGAUGGACUUUGAAAUGGCCAUGUGGGAGAUAAUGAGCCUGAUCAUUGCGCCCAAGAAAGUCUUCCGACAAAUAUACUACCACAAACAAACCACAAAGACCUACCACCGCCCCGACCCCUCCUUCACCUACCUCCUCAGCCUCCUCCUCACCCUUACAUCCCUCGCCUGGGGCUUCGCCUACGCCGACGGCUUCACACAAACCCUGCACAUCACCCUCGUCUUCAUCUUCGGCCACUUCCUGCUCCUCUCCCUGCUCACAGCCACGCUCUUCUUCUUCCUCGUCGGCCGCCUCCUCGGCCCCGGAAACACGCUCCUCCCCGGCCGGCGGCGCGGGCUAUACAAUCUAAACGAAGCCGACGGCGGGAAAGAAAGAGCUGGAAUUCGGGUACUGCUGGGACGUAGCGAUCCGCGCAUUCGUGCCCGUGUGGGUAUUCUUAUACGUCGUACAAUUCCUGUGCAUGCCGAUUAUUGGCACGGAGCAUUGGUAUGUCUAGUCAACCCUUCCUUACCCUUCUACCCUUGUUCCAAAUCAGAUGGCUAG